GACAGCUGAAAGAAAAUCUGAAAGAAAAGAACUCUCUGGGAAAAACUGUUCGAGAUCUCGAAUCGAUGAAUGCCGAGAUGAAGAAAACACUUGAUGUACAAACUACUGUUAAAGAAACUGAGCUGAAAUUAAUCAAGAAUCAACUUGAGGAAAAGAACAAAGAGUUUUAUGAUCUCAGGGUGGCGAAUACGACACAAGACAUGAGCCUUAGAGACGCUCAAUUUAAGAUCAAGGAUUUGGAAAAUUCACUUAAGAACGAGAUUACCUUGCAUCAGUCGAUAGCUCGUAGAAAUGAUCAGCUGCAGAAAGAAAUCACGGUUUUGCGAGAAAGAAACAAGAAUGAGAUUACAACCUUGAAAAAGUCACUUAACGAUGCAAUUGGAAGAUGGGAAACAAAUUUACAUGAUAAGUGCUGUGAAACUUCAAGGGUCAACUGCAUGGAAAAAAUGGACAAUAAGACUAUUCAGAAAUUGCGGGAGCUUUAUUUCAAGGUGUCAGAACUUGAAACGCAGCUGAAUCAAGAAAGAAACGAUCAUUUAUUGUCACUGGCGCAAGUCCAAGAAGAAGGACGAAGAUAUCGGACAGGAGAGCUGCGAACAGAAUGAGUAACU